CCUUUACUCCGGAUUCCUUCAUCCCUGAUUCCCCACCCUAACACUCCCUCACUCCCGAUUCCCCUCUUACUCCUCAUUCCCCAUCCCAAGAGCCCCUUUUACUCCGGAUUCUCUCAUCCUAACGCUCCCUUACUGCCAAUUCCCCUCUUACUCCCCAUUCCCCCACCCCAAGGGUCCUCUUUACUCCGGAUUCUCUCACCGUAGCUCUCCCUUUACUCCGGAUCCCCCUCUUACUCCCAAUUCCCCCAUCCCAACCCCCCCUUUUACUCCGGAUUCUCUCAUCGUAGCUUUCCAUUACUCCAAAUCCCCUUCUUACUCCGGAUUCUCCCAUCCCUUUACUCCGGAUUCUCCUCUUACUCCGCAUUCCCCCCAUCCUAAACCCCAAUUCUUCCCCCCAUCCUCUUUCUUCUCAUUCCUCACUCCACUUUUUCGCUCCGGAUUCACUCCGGAUUCACUCCGGAUUCCAUCCCAACGAUGUCGAGGCCUCUGACGGACGCCGAGCGUCGGAAGCAGAUCAGUGUCAGGGGUUUGGCCGGAGCCGAAGGGGUCUCCGAACUCAAACGGAGCUUUAACCGCCACCUCCACUUCACCCUCGUCAAGGACCGCAACGUGGCCACUUCGCGCGACUUCUACUUCGCUCUCGCGCACGCCGUCCGCGACCACCUCGUCGGCCGCUGGCUGCGCACCCAACAGUACUACUACGAGAAGGACCCCAAGAGAAUCUAUUACAUCUCAUUGGAAUUCUAUAUGGGACGAACGCUGCAGAACACAAUGGUGAAUUUGGGGCUCCAAAACGCCUGCGAGGAAGCGCUGUACCAGCUGGGCCUGGACAUGGAGGAGCUGCAGGAGAUGGAGGAGGACGCGGGGCUGGGAAAUGGGGGGCUGGGCCGGCUGGCAGCCUGUUUCCUGGACUCGAUGGCCACGCUGGGGUUGGCGGCCUACGGUUAUGGCAUCCGCUACGAGUUCGGCAUCUUCAACCAGAAGAUCCAGGGGGGCUGGCAGGUGGAGGAGGCGGACGAUUGGCUUCGCUUCGGGAACCCUUGGGAGAAAGCGCGUCCCGAGUACACCAUCCCCGUGCACUUCUACGGCCGCGUCGAGCACAGCCCCAGCGGCGCCCGGUGGCUCGACACGCAGGUGGUGUUGGCGCUGCCGUACGACACCCCCGUGCCGGGGUACCGCAACAACACCGUCAACACCAUGAGGCUGUGGUCGGCGCGAGCGCCCAACGACUUCAACCUCAAGGAUUUCAAUGUCGGGGGGUACAUUCAGGCCGUGCUGGAUCGGAACUUGGCCGAGAACAUCUCGCGGGUCCUGUACCCCAACGACAAUUUCUUCGAGGGGAAGGAGCUGCGGCUCAAACAGGAGUACUUUGUGGUCGCGGCCACUCUCCACGACAUCGUUCGGCGUUUCAAGGCCGCACAGUUCGGUUCCCGCGAGGCCGUGCGCACGCACUUCGACGCCUUCCCCGACAAGGUGGCCAUUCAGCUCAACGACACUCAUCCGUCUCUCGCCAUUCCGGAGCUCAUGCGGAUCCUCGUGGAUGAGGAGAAGCUCAGCUGGGACAAAGCGUGGGAUGUGACGGUGCGCAGCUGCGCGUACACGAACCACACGGUGCUGCCGGAGGCUCUGGAGCGAUGGCCGCUGCACCUCCUGGAGUCGCUGCUGCCGCGGCACCUGCAGAUCAUCUACGAGAUCAACCAGCGCUUCCUCGACCGCGUCUACGCCGCCUUUCCGGGGGACCACGAGCGGCUGCGCCGGAUGUCGUUGGUGGAGGAGGGCCCGGUCAAGCGCAUCAAUAUGGCGCACCUGUGCCUGGUGGGCGCCCACGCCGUCAACGGCGUCGCCCGCAUCCACUCCGAGAUCCUCAAGGACAGCGUGUUCAAGGAUUUCUAUGAGUUGGAGCCCAAGAAGUUCCAGAACAAAACCAACGGCAUUACCCCCCGGCGAUGGCUGCUGCUCUGCAACCCGGGGCUGGCCGACGUCAUCGCCCAGCGCAUUGGGGAGGAUUUCGUGGCCGAUCUGGAUCAGCUCCAGCGUCUUCGCGACUUCGUGGAUGACGAAUCCUUCAUCCGCGACGUCGCCAAAGUCAAACAGGAGAACAAAGUGAAGUUCGCGGCGUUCCUGGAGCGCUCUCAGGGCGUUCGCAUCAACCCCAAUUCCCUCUUCGACGUUCAAGUGAAACGCAUCCACGAGUACAAACGGCAGCUGCUCAACUGCCUCCACGUCAUCACCCUCUACAACCGGAUCAGGAAGGACCCCAACAAACCCUUCGUGCCCCGAACCGUCAUGAUUGGGGGGAAGGCGGCCCCCGGUUACCACAUGGCCAAACUGAUCAUCAAAUUGGUGACGGCCAUCGGCGACAUCGUCAACCAGGACCCGGCGGUGGGCGACCGCCUGAAGGUCCUCUUCCUGGAGAACUACCGGGUGUCGUUGGCCGAGAAAGUGAUCCCGGCGGCCGACCUGUCGGAGCAGAUCUCGACGGCGGGGACGGAGGCGUCGGGCACCGGGAACAUGAAGUUCAUGCUGAACGGAGCGCUGACCAUCGGCACGAUGGAUGGGGCCAACGUGGAGAUGGCGGAGGAGGCGGGCGAGGAGAACCUCUUCAUCUUCGGCAUGCGCGUGCCCGAAGUCGAGGCGCUCGACCGCCAGGGGUACCAGGCGCGCGAUUACUACGAGCGGCUGCCGGAGCUGCGCCAGGCGGUCGAUCAGCUGAGCAGCGGCUUCUUCAGCCCCCGCCAACCCGACCUCUUCCGAGACAUCGUCAACAUGCUGAUGAACCACGACAGGUUUAAGGUCUUCGCCGACUACGAAGCGUAUGUGAAGUGCCAGGAGAAAGUCAGCGCCCUCUAUAAGGACCCCCGAGAAUGGACUCGGAUGGUGAUCCGCAACGUGGCGGCCGCCGGGAAGUUCUCGAGCGAUCGAACGAUCGCCCAAUACGCCCGAGAGAUUUGGGGCGCAGAGCCCACGCGACACCGCAUCCCCGCGCCCGAUGAACCCCGGCAGUAGGGGAACCCCAAAAAAAACCGCCCCCCAAGUGCCUUCAAACCCAACCCCCCCAAUCCUGACCCAUAAAAUGGGGUCGUUCACCCCCAAAAAAUAGCUCAGAUCCCUAAAAUCCGCCCUAAUACCCUGAACCCCCAAAUUCUGACCUAUAGAAUUGGGGUCCCCCCCAAAAUUGGGGUCCCCCCAAAACCCCACUGUGUGUUACAGCGCCCCCAAAUCCCACCCUAUAGAAUUGGGGUCCCCCCCAAAACCAGCCCAGACCCCUAAAACCCUCCCUAAGUGCCCUGAACCCCUAAAUUCUGAGCCAUAGAAUUGGGGUCCCCCCCAAAAUCGGGGUCCCCCCACAACCAGGAUCCCCCCCAAACCCCACUGUGUGUUACAGCGCCCCCAAAUCCCACCCUAUAGAAUUGGGGUCCCCCCCAAAACCAGCCCAGACCCCUAAAACCCUCCCUAAGUGCCCUGAACCCCUAAAUUCUGAGCCAUAGAAUUGGGGUCCCCCCCAAAAUCGGGGUCCCCCCACAACCAGGAUCCCCCCCAAACCCCACUGUGUGUUA